UUUAAAUCAAUGCAAAUCCUAAAAUGUAUUUAAUUUUGGUACAAAAAUGCAACUGAAGCUGCUUUUGGUUUUUGCAUUUGUUGCACUACUAAGCAUUGGCGCCCCGGCUCCAUUGAAUAAUAAUGAGAAAACUAUAGCCAACUACUUAAGACAUGAUGCUGAAAUGCUUCAGGAAUUAAGACAAUUAGGAUUUGAUGAACAUAAAUUAAUCAAGCGGCAAUCAGAAAUCGACAUUGACGUUAAUGGAGCUGAGGAGGAAGGUAGCGACAAUAAGGAACCUGGAUUUUUUGACAAGGCGGCCAAAUUUGUAGUGGAACUUUUGCAGCGAUUUCUCAAAUGGAUUAAUACGGAAAAUAAUUAAGGAAGCUGCCGUUGCAACCGUUUCAGCUGUAGCAAGCUGGAUUUUCGGAUAAAAUAUUACAUUGUUAAUAAUAAAUUUGUUUGGAGUUA